CAUCAUACAGUUCCACUCACAGCAAGCUCGAUGCCACCUUUGGAACGACCGGUGACAAUUACAGCCUUGUCUGAAUGAUUGGCAUGACAACGAAAGAAUAAGAUGGGUUCGAUGACCUCUGGGUGAAGCCAGCGUUGUGUACAAAUACUCGCUUUGGAGCAGUCGUUGAGCAGACCCCGACACCGAACGCAAUGGCCGGAGCGGGGAACUGUCGGAGGCGCGAUCGACGCGGAUCAUAGGACGGCGGAGUGCGGCGCCGGCCGGGAGGAUUUCCUGAAUGGGUUGUUGAACAAGCACACCCCCACUCCGGACCGUCGAGCAGCUCCGCCGCAUGCGAGGUCAAAGCGUCGAAUUAACGCACUCGAAUAUCCCCGUCAUUUCUUCAGCUUUAUACCACACUCACGUUUCAACACUCCCUGCAUGCACUCACGAAUAUAAAUGUCGGAUUCCACUGAGCUCUACCUCUCCCCGCAGCUCCCGUACCCCAUCAAGGUCGUAGCACACGAGGUGCAAGCCGCGGACACUGUACAACGCGGAACGCGUUUGCUCAGCUAUUCGUUUACACAUCACUCACCAGAAUCGGGCAGAGAGACACGCUUUGGCACAUGGGACUCGUCCAUCGAGGGCACAGUCGACAGCUGGACCUUCAAGCCCGGAGACACUGUCUCCCAGCGCAGGGCCAGGGAGCAACCCGCCAUCAAAAUCCUUGAGCCAUGUAAGCACGGCAUGCAGCUUGGCGGCCUGUGCUGCCUGUGUGGCAAGGAUAUGACAGAUUACGACUACACAGGAUUCUCGGAUGCCUCACGUGCAUCCAUUCAGAUGACUCACGCCGCCAAUGGGCCCACAGUAUCUCUCGAAGAGGCUCAAAGGAUUGAGAAGGAAACCGCUGAACACCUGCGGAAGACGCGGAAGCUAUCGCUCAUCGUUGACCUCGACCAGACUAUUGUACAUGCCACUGUGGACCCCACAGUAGGCGAAUGGAUCGCGGAGGGCGAGGCAUGGGAGGCUCGGCAAGCAGAGCCGAAGACGUCACAGCCGGAAGGGAGUGACGUUACCGUGGUGGACGACGAUGAGCCGAAUCCCAACUGGGAAGCGUUGAAGGACGUCAAGAAGUUCAGGUUAGGCCCUGAGGCUCUGGGCGACCCGCGGUUACGAGGAAUAAAGCGCAAGGGGAAGGAUAAAAGUGUAGAGAAUGAAGGUUGUAUGUACUAUAUUAAGCCACGUCCCGGAUGGAAUGAGUUCCUAGAGGACAUGGCCGAAAAGUAUGAAAUGCAUGUCUAUACUAUGGGCACUCGUGCUUAUGCCGAGGAGGUCUGUGCUGCCAUUGAUCCUGAUGGCAAGAUCUUCGGCGGUCGGCUGCUCAGUCGGGACGAAAGUGGAAGCUUAACGCAGAAGAGCUUGCAACGUUUGUUCCCGUGCGAUCAGUCUAUGGUAGUCGUCAUCGACGAUCGGGCAGACGUUUGGGAGUGGAGCCCGAAUCUUGUCAAGGUUAUACCAUUCGAGUUCUUCGUUGGAAUUGGCGACAUCAACUCUGCGUUCCUCCCUAAGCAGGUACCGCUCACGCCAUUACCCCAAGUUGCCACCACUCCUGGGCUGCCUUCUACCUCUUCAGCUGCAUCUGAGCCGGAUACAUCUGUCACGCCAGUGCCAAGCGAUGUUACGGAAGAAGAAUUAGCAGAGAUUGAGAAGACUGAGAUCCUUGCACGCAACGCCGAUGCCCUCGACGCCCAGCUUGAAGAGAGGCCGUUGGCUAAGAUGCAGGAGGAACUGCAAGAGGCUGAAGACGAGGACGCAGAUGGGGUAGAUGCGGAAGCUUUAGAGUCUUCCUCACCUACAGUCAACGGCGAUUCACCAAAACCCACGAAUGGCGCUGAAGCGGAUAGGUCACCUACACCGCAUCGCGAAAAACAUCACCAUCGUAAGGCGCUGCUCAAAAAUACGGACACUGAGCUCGUACGGGUUCAGAGAAUACUAGAAGAAGUGCACAGACAAUAUUAUGCUGCGUAUGAUGAACGGCCAAAAGAGGAGAAGGAGAAGCACAUCAAGCGGAAACCAUCAAAGCACCAUGUAGAACCACCAUCUCCUUAUGACGUCCGACUUAUAAUACCACUCAUGCGACAAAAUGCAUUAGCUGGCUGCCAUGUAGUAUUUUCUAGCGUCAUCCCUCUUGACACCAGAGCAGAGACCAGCGAGACGUGGCGGAUAGCUGUUAUGUUCGGGGCGAAGUGCUACACAGAGCUCAACCCUCGAAUUACGCAUCUAAUUGCUGCCAAGCGUGGCACCGCUAAAGUCGACGCUGCACGCCGCCAAGGCGGGGUCAAGAUCGUCUGGGUGAACUGGUUUUUGGACUCGAUCAACCAGUGGAGACGGCAGGACGAGACGCCGUACCUGAUCGACCCAGAGGCAGCAGCUGCGGUAGGACCAGCGAGUCCCCCCUCGGACCCGCACCAGAUCUCUUCUGAUCCUGAGCCGGAUGCAGAUGACUGGGACUACGACCGCACUGUGGCACCUAACCAGUCGCUCCAGCUCGAUGGCGUCGACUGGGACGAGAUCAACGACGAAGUCGAUGCGGCGAUGAACGAGAGCGACGAUGAGGAUGGGGAUGGGAGUGAGAGCACGAGGAGUGGGGUAAAGAGUGGGAAUGUGACGGAGGAUGAGUGGACGGACGAGUCGAACAGCAUCAUCAGUAGCGCAUCGUCAACGCCGUCAAAACGAAAAAGAAAGCGGCUGCGUAGCGUCACUCCAUUGGAGGGGGGCGCGGGCAGCGACUCCGACGGCCUGCGUUCCCCGCUCGCGAAGCGGAAGAAGCUGGCUGCAGAACGAUCCGGUGCAUCAAAACUAAAGGACUCCAUCUCUGCCGAUGACCUUGUUGAAGAAGAGGCUAAGACGCGGUCCGCCUCGCCCGCGAGUGUGGCCGCGAAUAAUGAUAAUGACGAUGACGACGACAUGACGACGGACGACUCGAGUGAAGACGGUGAUGACGAAGAGGAUGAUUUCCUCGCGCGUGAGUUGGGCGAAGACUGGGGAUAGUUUUAUCGCAUGGACCUCGCAGUUAUAAGUGUAUUAUUUUACUGGUUUCUUCUGACUCCAUCUCGUCAAGGGCUUGCUCUCAACUGCUGACGAUAACCUAGUGCAAUAUAUUCCCUCGGAUAUAUCAGUGUAGUUGUGUUCAUGGCAAUACAUGUCUACGUUCGCAUCCCCCUCUAGCUCUAGCUCUUAAUUUCAGUUAUCUACAUAUCCGGCAUAGUACACGUAUGCUUCCUUGGGUACAAAGGUCACCCGCGGUAUACAUGUCUCACGACGCUUAGGCUAUUCACCCUUCUCGUCGCCAGGCACUUCCUUGCCGAGGUGCUCUCUGUACAGCCGCCAGAGCUUCUGGAGUUUGCGGCCCGUAAGCUCCUUGAACAUGCCCUCGCUCCACGGCCGCUCGCGCAGAUAGCCGUUGAGCUCUGCGACGGUGCCGUAGCCGUAGCGGUCUUCGAGCCAGUCGAGGAAGAAGCCCGUCGCCUCGUAGCCGGCGUCCCACUUGUCGCUGCGCCCCUCGACCCAGUGCGGAGGCGCAAGCCCGGCACGGAGGCGAACCCAGUCUGUCGCUGGCGAUCAGCACCUGUUCGCCGUGUACGAAGGGGGAAAGACGCACCUGCGACGCCCUCGACAAGCCCGCCCGGACACUGUACACUCUUGCCGGUGAAUUGGAAGCAGUGGAUGACCUCGUGCGUGAGCACUCCGAGGAUCUCGUUUCUUGCGCGCUGCGCGCUGUUCACGAUGUGGUCGAGCGAGAAGUGGAUCUCCUUGAAGAGCUCAGACCCGAAGGUGUGCGCAACGCCCGGCAUCGUGCGGAAGACGAGCGUAAUCUUCUCCACGCUGCCAUAUGCUACGCUUCAGUCUCGUAGCCUUGUGGACAAGGGGGAAUAGAGUCACCUGCGCGGUACGUUCUCGGGCGUGUACAACCAACAGAACACGGCUACGAUGGCGUCCUUGAGGGCCUCAUAAGGCUUGACGCUGUCAAAGAGCAACUGCGCUCCUGGGUGUGCAAGGUCAUCGACCCGUAGCACAAGUUGCGGUAUUGGCCAAUUGGCGUUUGGGUCCGCUGGUGGUGGUCGGGGUAAGGGAGCCAUUCACAGAUUGUGUUGACGAAUGCUAAUGAAGGUCCCGGUGUCAUAUUGCCGUUAAGCCGGCUAAGG